CCCUGACAGCACCAGCCUGAGGGGCUGGGAGGGAACUGGCAGAGGGAACAGCAGGCCAGAGGGCAGAGUUCUCUGUGACCUGGCCUGGCCGUUCCUCUGUCUGAACUUACACCUCUAGUCUACUGGGGCUGGCUGAGAUGGGCCGUGCUGGCAGAGGGAUGGCUUGUGCUUGGCCAAGAAGGGGGUCAGUGAUUCGUGAACGAAGAUGGGAGUCCCAAGGGGUGCCCAGUCCUUUUUUCAGGAUGCCCUCCCCUGUUCUCACUUCUCUUCCCUGGGAGGUCUGCAUUUCCUCCUGGCCUUUCCGUCUUCAGGGGAAUCAGUGCUUCCUUUCCUCUUCUGGAAGCAUCCUUGGGGUAGGGAAGAUGUAAGCUUCCAGGUCUUGUUAAGGCUCAUGGGUCCAGGAAAGGAGGGAGUCCUUUAGUGAAGGAGUUCUGGUCUUUGGGGUUCUGGACCUUUCAUUGUAUGCUCUGCAGUGACCUGUGCUAGUCCUGAGACAGGUGUGAAGGCCCAGGUAGAAGGGAAGAGCCGCCCCGUGCGGUUGGGGCUGCUGCCUGGCACUGCCAGCGGCAGCGUGCUUGGAGUGGGUGUUGGGAAGAGUGCAGUGUUUUUGCCCAAGUCCACCGAGUGAGGCCUACACAGCGCUGGGGGUAGCCAGUCGGCCACCUGGGCCCAUUCGUGAGGGUGGCGGAGCCCUGAGAGCUUCCGUGCACUCACAGGAGUGCAGUCAGGGUGAGGGGCUGGUGCUCAAAUCCUUCCCAGCCUCAAGGCCCUGCUUCUCUGAGCUUUAGUUUCUUCCUCUGUGGUGGGAGGAUAAUCCUGGUCAGGGCUGUUGUGAGGAUUAGCACAAUACCUGGCACUGUGUAAGUACUUAGUAUAGGGCGGUUACAUUAGUACUGUUCCUGUUGUCACUGCCACGAUCCUCUCCUUAGGUGUUGCUUUGAGGGGGCCCAGAAGACAGGCAGCCUCACUCAGGUGGUUAUCUCUGAGGACUGAGGGGUGGGGGCCCAAGGCUUCUUCCUGGAGAAGAAGGUAGGCGAGAGGACAGGCAGCGGCAUCUCCCGUGCACCAUCCUCUGGCCCAAAUGCACCUCGAGUACGUACCAGGGGUUCCUGAGACACACCGGCCAGCCCCUGUGCAGAGAUCUUACAGGGGAUUUCCACAGUCGUCAUUCCUGGUGAGCAGCUGAGGUGAAUGGAACCCUGGGAUGGGCCUGUGGGUCCCGGACACUGCCUUUCUGGGCCCCCAGAAGAACUCCCAGGCUGGGAGUGAGCUGAGAGCUGGCCACCAUGAUGGGUGAGUAGGUGCCUGGGCGAGCCAGAAGGGACUUAGAGGAAAGUGGCCAGAGGAAAGGGACUUAGAGGGAGGAUGGGGAGGUGAAGCCCAGAAAGCUUGGGAGGUGAGUCCUGGCCCCAGGAGGAAGGCAGAGUCUGAAGAAAGGGAAAUAGAUCUCAAGGGGAAGAGGUGGCAGAGGGGCAGAAGGGGAGAGAAAGAGAAGGAUUUGGCAGGGGUCCCUGGGUGGCUCAGUUGAUUAAGCAUCUGACUCUUGAUUUUGGCUCAGGUCAUGAUCUCAGGGUUGGGAGAUUGUUCCUUGCGUUGGGCUCUGCACUCAGCAGGGAGUCUGCUUGAGAUUCUCUCUCCCGCUCUCCCUCUGUCUCUCUCUCAAAUAAAUAAAUACAUCUUAAAAAAAGGAUUUCUAGAUAUCAUGGUGAAAACAUCUUCAGAUGAGUGAGGACAAGCAGUGGUAAUCUGACAGUAUCCUUUCUUACAGUUCAGAUGUCUCUAGUAAUUUUUCUGAGGGGUGCAUAUAGCGAUGGGAAUAAAACCUGUUUAUACAUGAAAAAAAAAAAAAAAAAGAGGAUUUGGAGGUAAGAGCACCUGAAGGGUCCAGUGUGCUGGGGACAAAGAGCCGCCACUGAGUAGAAACAGGGAAGGACCAGCCGUAUGUAUCAGGUUGCACUGGUAAUGGGCCUAUGGAGGGUCCCGCAGGGGAGCUAGAGAGGAACAGGGGCCAAUUGUAGACCAGGAGUGGGUGAAGGGGAGAGUGGGUGGGGGAGAUCCCCCAGAUGCGGUUUUGGGAUUCAUUUUAUUUUACCCAGAGUAAGGGGACCCUUCAGAGGCCGACCGUUAACUGAGGAGAUCGGGCCUAAGGAUGGGGGGCUAUCCAGGGCACCCACCCCCAUGCCACUCUUACACUCCAUCUUUUCUCUCUUAUUUCUUUCUGAGGCUGACUUAUCACUGUCUCAUUGGGAAAUGGUUGGUAGGAGCACCCAUCCCUCUGCCUUCCAGAAUAUGGAGGCCCAGAAGGGAGAGCCAAGGGAAGAAGUAAUCAUUGGGGUUGGCAGGGUGAGGUCUGGCAGCCAUGCCCCUUAUCCCUUCCUGGGUCCUCUGUUCAUCAACACUGGUGGGGCUCUGGCUGGAAGAUGGUGGGCCUGCCUUCCUACCCCUCAGGCCUCUCUGAGCAAAGGAGCAACUCGGCUGUGGGAAAUGCAGAAAAUAGGUCUCGCUCUCCUGUCCAUUAGGGGUAAUCAGUGCUCCAUCUUUCCUCCAGAAGCGUUCUAUAAAGGACAGAGGAGAAUCUGGCAUUUGUGAUGGUCACCCUCCUUAGUGUGUAGUGACCACCUCGCCUUCUAGGAACAGGGAAGUUAAAUAAUUCAAGUCCUGAUCAUUCUAGAACUUUCGGACCCCAGGAUGCCAAAGGUAGAUUUAAAAAUCUGAACCAAUAUACCCCUCUCGCAAACUGAUAUUAGCUUCUUUUUCUCCAGUUGGUCCAGGCACAAUGUCCAGCAGAUUUGAGGAAGUCACAAGAGUUGGGGUCCAAGAGGUGGAUCCUGGAGGGAAUGUGAUUGCUGUCGGAAGCAUCCUUGACGCUGACAGAUUUCACUGCUAUUCUCUGGUGAGAGGGAGGAGAAAUUUCUGGGGACACCAGUACCACAGGAUAGACCUCACCCAAGAGGACAUACUGGAGAGACGGGAGGGUAAAGGACUGUUUGAUAAACUGGGUUCUGGGCCCCAAGCUUUCCAGAGAACUCCAAAGGCUGAGUUCCAAGUUCUGGACAUGGUAGACUCAAAGGGAAUGUUGACAGUGAAAUUACCCAAAGAAAUAACAAUUGUAGGGGUCUUCCUAGUCAAGAUACUGGAGAUCCAGAUACCCCAACAAUAUCUGGAUUCCCUUGAGCACAGGAAGCUGAAGAUGUCGGAAAGUGUGGAGCAGCUCAGUGGAGGAGACUCAACCUUCUCCAGGGCUAGCCCUCCCCAGGAUGGAAGCAGAAGACUACCUACUUUGUUGCAAUCAGUCCUGAAAAGGAGAGCAGACCUGUAUCUGGUGACAGAGACUCUGGAGAUGGCAAGGAAGGAAACCCUGAAAAGGGAACGGCAGUGUACACAGCAGAGCUGGAGGAACACAAGGUGAGGAUCCUGGGAGGCAGGGCCUAUGAGAGAACCAAGCCUUGGCCCACCUGCAGUAGGCCGGGGGUGCCAGCCCAGGCCCCCGGCUCUUCAGAUCUUCUUCCAGACUUCCCUGAGCAAUCUCAACUGCUCCUUGGCCGCCUUAGGCUUUCUCUUCGUGCCCCAAGAGAGCAUGUGUGGCAUUGCUAAGUCCCUCCACUGUUAUUCUCCUGUGAUGCCCUGUUUUCAUUUGCUUCUCAGAGUUUCUCACGGUUCAUAAUUACAUGGGGAUUUUUGCUUAUUGUCUGCCUCCCUUUCUGAGAGACAGGAAGGCAGGAGCCACAGCGCCUGGAAUAAAAAGGUCCUUAAUAACCAUUUAUUGAAUCAACAGUGGAAACAACAUGAGUUUUGGGGUCAGGUGCGGGUUCAUAUUUCAGCUCUGCUCCUGUUUUAGCUGUGAAACUGGCUUACCUACUGGUCCUUUUUUUUUUUUUUUUUUUAAGAUUUUAUUUAUUUAUUUAACAGAUAGAGAUCACAAGUAGGCAGAGAGGCAGGUAGAGAGAGAGAGACUCUGGAGGAAGCAGGCUCCCUGGCUGAGCAGAGAGCCCGAUGUGGGGCUCGAUCCCAGGACCCUGAGAUCAUGACCUGAGCCGAAGGCAGAGACUUAACCCCCUGAGCCACCCAGGUUCCCCCCCCCUUUUUUUUUUUUUAAAGAUUUUAUUUAUUUGACAGAGA